GCCGCGGCAAUGGCGAAUCCCGAGCCCGAGCGGCUGACAGAAGUCGACAUCCCGAAGCUCCCGCUCUACUUGGCCUUCGGCGUCAUUUUUGGUGUGGCCCCCAUGCUGCCGAACCGCUACAACCGCGACCUUGUUUAUCUUGUGAGCACGAUCUACAAGCGCGUCGGCCCGCUCGGCUUGCUAGGCAUCCCCUUCUGCACGCUCGCGAUGGAGAAGACGGCCUACGACACGUACACGGCGUACCACGGGCGAAGCAUUUAUGCGGACGCCGCGAAAAAGAACGAGCCGCCGCCCCAGUUCCCGUCCGGCGGCGCGCAGCUGCCGUCCUUCAGCCUCAUCGAGACGCGGAAGCUCGUUGCGGACCCGGUCGUGUUCCGGCUGCCCUGGGUCCAAACAGCUGUCUCGGCUUUACGACGGCGCGAGACGAACCAGUAAGUAUAGUUGUGUUAAGCGAGGACUCCUACUUCCACAGCUUCUUGAUCGCCAGGUUCGAGUCGACGUCCUUCUUCAUGACCUUGGCGACCGCCAUCUCGAAGUCCUCCUGCGUCACGUGGAUGCGGCGCUCGCGCAACGCGAACAUCCCGGCUUCCGAACAGACGCCCUUGCACUCCGCGCCCGAGGCGUCCGUCAUCUUCUCGGCGAUCUUGUGCAGGUCGAUGCCCCUCAAUAAAUUCAUCUUCCUACUAUGAAUCGACAUGAUGUCGACGCGCGACGCGGCCGUCGGGUUCGGGAACUCGAUCUUGCGGUCGAUGCGGCCCGGUCUCAAUAGUGCGCUAUCUAGAAUGUCAAUCCGGUUCGUGGCCAUGAUGACCUUGAUGUUCUGGGUCGGCUCGAACCCAUCAAGCUGAUUCAGGAGCUCGAGCAUCGUCCUCCCAACUUCCGAAUCGCCGCCUUCCCCCCCUUCGCCUCUAGACGAGCCAAUGGAAUCGACCUCGUCCAUGAAGAUGAUGGACGGCGCCGCCUCCCGCGCCAUCACAAACAACUCGCGGACCAUGCGCGACCCUUCCCCGAUGUAUUUUUGUACUAAUUCUGCGCCUGAUACUCGUACAAAAGUACAAUCAGUAUGGUGCGCCACGGCUCGCGCGAGCAGUGUCUUGCCCGUGCCCGGCGGGCCAUAUAACAAAACGCCCUUCGGUUGACUCACGCCCAGGGCAUCAAAGAGCUCAGGAUGCUUGAUCGGCAACUCGAUGACCUCCUUGAUCUCCCGAAUCUGCUUCUCCAGGCCGCCGACCAUGUCGUACGUCGAAUCGGGUACUUUCUCGACCUUCAUCAGUGACACGAGCGGGUCCACUUUUGUCGGUAGUAUCUUAUGUAACUCAUAAGAGUCGUUCCGCAGGGCCACCCGGAUAUUGGGCUUCACGUCAUUUAUAUCGAUGCCCUUGCCCAGAUCCACCACAUACUUCCCCUCGGGAUUGACUUUCACGAGAAUUUUGGUCUGGCUCAUGGCUUUCACGACCUCGCCGACGUAGGAGCCGGGUUCUUGCAACUCGUGGAGCUCCUCCCGCAAAGCGCGGACGCGCGCGUUCAAGGAAUUUCGCUGGGCCGUGAGUCUUUGUAAAUUUAACGUCUUCUCCCGGACGUCGCGCUCGAGGCCGCCGAUUUUAGAUGUGAAGUAGGACGUGAGGCCGGACGUCGCCGCGGCGUCGCCGUCGGACGUGUCCAUGGUGGAUUCGACGGCGGCGGCGGCCAUUUGGUUUGUCUCGCGAGUCGCUCCGACCUCCUUUGAGGCUUUUGAGCUGGCGGCGGCGGCGCGCGCGGAAUUUGGCCCAGCGCUGUUGGCGGCGUUUCAGCGGCAACGUAUGUGCCCUUGCGCUCAAACAAAGGAGCUAUAGCGCGAGCAGCAAAGCCACCCGCCGCGCCCGUGGGCCGAG